AUGAGUCUGAUUGACCUUGGCGACAUUACACCAAACAAUUUGGGCCAAGUCAGAGUGCUUCACAAGACCUUAUUCCCUGUUAGUUACAGUGACAACUUUUAUAAUGAAUUAUUAGAAGCUGGUGAAUUUGCCAAGUUGGCUUAUUAUAAUGACGUCUGUGUUGGUGUUGUCUGUUGUCGUAAAGAAAAAGACGAAGAUUUACCCGAGAAAUACAAGCUGUACAUGAUGACAUUAGGUGUGCUGGAACCCUAUCGUCGAUUGGGAUUAGGUACACGCUUGGUUGAACACAUUUUGAAGCAAUCUCAACUCUCAACGGAUAUCUCUCGUGUCUACUUGCACGUUCAAGUGACAAAUGAUGCUGCUGUUGACUUUUAUAAAAAAAAUCAAUUUGAAGUGAAGAAGACGGAAAAAGAUUAUUAUAAGAACAUAGAACCUAGAGAUGCAUACCUUUUAUCAAAAGAAAUCUAA